AUGUCUCCUUUCAGGUCUGCAAAGGCAACGGAGAUUUGGAUGAAAUCACAAACUAAUUGGAAAACGUUGCAACGAAGAUUUCAAAAAGGACGUGAUGCAAUUUUUGCACAGCAAGAGAGGAAGCGAGCCGUCAAACGAGGUAGUUCGAUCCGCUGUGCUUCUACCAGAGCGGGCCGGCUUCGGAACUUUGCUGGAGGGUAUCAUGCUGCUGCAAGAUUCUCAGUUCCGCAAGCCACAUUGAUUAUCAACGUUGACUUACAACUGAUUCUCAUGUCAAAUUUGCCCUUGAGGUCGCACUCGCCCUUGAGGUCACAUUCACCUCAUCGAUCACAUUCACCGUAUCCUCCUCACUCACCGCACCGAUCACAUUCUCCUUAUCCUCCGCACUCUCCUCAUCGGUCGCAUUCACCUUACCCUGUUCAUUCUCCUCAUCGAGCUUCUAUUGUGACCUUUGACCACCUUCCGCCUAGCUCCGGGACUCAUCAAAUGCCUGGCUUAUAUCAUUCUGAGGCACCUCCGCCUGGCAAUAGCUUUCUUGACGAACAUUGGAACCCCAAUGCUUACGAUCACAACCUUUAUGGCCCCUACUAUCGCGCUGAAGAUGACUACUACGCAGCGUAUGCAGACUUGCUGGAGUAUGAGGAAGCCCUGCGUUUUGCCGGUGAUAUCAGUGAAGCUGAGCGAUCGAGACGUUGGCGUGACCGUUUAGCUUUUGAGGAGUUAGCAGAAUCCGAACGCACGCGUCGAUACGAGUUGAUGGCUGAGGAAGAGCGCCUAAGACUCGGACUUAUCGGAAAGGCUUGGUGGGCCAGACGCUACGGGUCUCGUCACCAUGGAAGACACACGCCUACCAUGCUUGGAAGCUGGCGUGAUCACUAUGGGAAUCGUCUUCGACGUUGGACUGCGAAUCGAUUACCACUUUCUUCAUCACUUGCUUCACGCUUUGAACGAAUGUGGCAUCAUCCAGGAAGUGUCCUGGGUGCAUCUGGCCAUCGACGAAGGCGCUCAAGCAUUGGGGCUCGACCGGAAGUGAUGUUAAAUGCAAGCCUUAAUGCGAAUCUUCAAGCAUUAACCACUGAACAAGUCAGAUUGACUGAACAAUUGAGAUCUGUUCGUGAAGAAGCUAGAAUUCGUGAAUUAGAAUUAGAAAGAACCAGAAGAAGACUCGAAACUGAAUUUGCGAUAGAACAAGAACGUGAAUUAGAAAGACAAAGAGCAGAAGCAGUUUACUUAGUUCAAAAAGCUAGACAUGAACAACAAGAAAGAGAGAUUUUAGAACGUAAUCGAAUUGAACAAGAAAGAUAUCGUGAAGAAUUGAUUAGAUGGGAAAAUGAUAGAACAAGAGUUGAAGUAGAAAGAAAGAGAUUAGAGAAUGAACAAUUAAGACAAGAAGUGGCAAGUAAUAUUCAAUCAAGAGAACAUGAACGUAGAUUGAGACGUGAAUUAGAGUUAGCUGGUAAAGGUUUACAUUUUUAA